AUGGACAUCAGCAAUGAAACUGCUCCAUCAGAAUUCAUCUUUCUGGCAUUUUCAGAUCUUAGAAAAUGGUGCUUCCUUCUUGUUGGAUUUAUGCUCUUCACCUAUCUAUUCAUUCUGAUGGGGAAUCUUCUCAUCAUCUUCCUUAUCUUCCUGGAACCAAACCUUCAAACCCCCAUGUACUUCUUCCUGGGGAAUCUUUCCCUCCUGGAUAUCUGCCAGACUACAACUACCAUUCCUCAGAUCAUAGCCUACCUGAUCUCAGGAAGAAACACCAUUUCUGAUGCAAGAUGCAAGAUACAACUCUUUUUCUUUGUUUUUUCCCUUGGCACUGAAACAAUUCUGUUGGCUGUCAUGGCUUAUGAUCGCUAUGUUGCCAUCUGCAACCCACUCCGGUAUCAUGUGGUGAUGAAUAAAAAAAAAUGUGCCCAGCUGGUGUCUGCCUCUUGGUUGACAAGUGCAUCUAAUGCCUCUUUGCACACAUUUUUCACAUUCCAGUUGUCCUUUUGUGGUGUCAAUGAGAUCAACUACUUCUAUUGUGAUAUCCCUCCUCUUCUCGCUAACUCCUGUGGGGACAUAUCUGGCAGUAUUCAGGCAAUAUUAGCCACGAGCCCUAUAAUGGGCUUUGGACCUGCCCUGUGCAUCAUAAUUUCCUACAUUCACAUCAUCUGGAGCGUUCUGAAAAUGAAAUCCUCAGCUGGGAUGAAGAAAGCCUUUUCUACCUGUGCCUCUCACCUCAGUGUUGUCUUGCUCUUCUUUGGCAGCUCGAUUUUUACUUAUGUCCGCCCCAUCUCCAGCUACUCACUCAACAAGGACAGGAUGACUGCUGUACUUAACAACAUCCUCUGCCCUAUGUUAAACCCACUGAUCUACACCCUCAGAAACAAGGAUGUGAAGAAGGCCCUGCAAAAGUUCAUGGUGAAGAAAUUGUCAUCCUGA